AUGAACGACACCCACGCCAAGAGCAAUAUCAGCAAUAUCAGCGCUACCGUGGAACUGUUCCAGCUCAUCAUGUACACCCCAACAUUUACCCUGGGAUUGCUGUUCAAUGUGAUGGCUCUGUCAUUCCUGUUUUGUAAGAUUAAAAAGCUGUCAGAAUCUACAGUCUACAUGAUAGCCCUUAUUUUCCUGGAUACUUUGCUGCUGUUUACUCUUCCUUUUAAAAUAAUUUCCUACCACCUUCGGGACAACUGGAACUUGGGGUCUGUGUUUUGCUCCACCUUGGAGAGUCUUUACUUUGUAAACAUGUAUGGCAGCAUCCUCAUCUCCCUCUGCAUCUGUGUAGACCGGUACAUCGCUAUCCGGCACCCUUUCACAGCUCCCACCCUGCGAUCCACCAAGAAAGCCGCUGUGAUCUGUGCUGUCAUCUGCCUGGGCACCUCAGCUGGGACAGUCUCUACUUUCCAACUGCAUGGAGAGGGCCACAACAUCUCGUCCUGCUUCCAUAACUUCUCCAAGAGCACAUGGGAAAACACAGGCCUGUUCAGUGCCUUGGAGACUAUCUUCUUCAGCAGCAUGGCAGCCAUGACCUUCUGCACUGUUCAGACCGUCAGGUGUUUGAGAAAGCGCAGACAACGAGACAACCCCCAAACACACAUCACCAGAGCAGAGAAGAUAGUCAUGACAAACCUUGUGGCAUUUUUGGUCUGUUUCACGCCUUACCACAUGGCAUACUUGGUCUACUUUUUGGUGAAGAACAACAUCAUUCACACCAGUUUUCAGCAAGUGCUACGAGACAUUGUUCAGGUAACCCUUUGCUGGGCAAACCUGAACUGCUGUCUUGAUGGGGUGUGUUACUAUUUUGUUUUAAAGGAGUCCUUGGAAGACCCAUUACAAAACAGUGAAAAAACAGCCACGCGAAAGCCUUGA